AUGGCGCCCCUUUGGAAUGGCAUGGCUGCAGGCCUACUGCUAUCCGCUGCGGUCGUCUCCGGACAAGCAAACUCCAGGCUGGGUGCCAGUCCGAGCUAUCAAGGAUUCAGCAACAUCUGUCCUGAGCAAUGCAUUGUCACGGGGCCCGAGCCCUCCAACUGGUCAACCUAUAAUGAUAUGAACCGGCUUGCAAAUUGUAACCAGGCUAUGUUAUAUGGUUUCAAUCUGUACGAUGAUGUCGAUGAUGCCGACUCUUAUCACCGUAUAUUCGCUUGCACGGCAUACGGCAAUGACUGGAGCGAUGACUCGCAGUCUCAUGUGACAAAUUCUCGCCCUGAGAAGGAGCACAAGGUGAACUAUGAAAUCGGCUGGUCGUCGUAUUCACCGGGCACUGAGUCUGACUACCGCUCUUUGAUCAGACAAAUGCGUGAUUAUGUUGCCCGCGGACAUAUCUCUCCCAGCAAGACAGCUAUGCUAUAUGCUCAGUUUGGUUAUACAUCAGCUGGUAUUUACAUUGGUAAUAGUCUACAAAGCAAAGACAUUGGAGAUGUGGCUCUGCAGUCUCUCAUCGACGAUUCCCACGAUUUCGACGGACGUCGAGACAGUUUGACUAUGCAGCUUUGUGGACCACACUAUGAUUCUCAGCACGUAUUUGGAUUUAUGGCUCUGAGAAAUGGCACCUUUAGAGCUAUCCAGUCUGCCUUCAAAUCCUGGUCCAAUGCCGAGUGCCUUGACUUCGAACACAGCACGAACUUCACGGCUAGCACCCACUUUACUUCGUCUAUGCUGUCAUCCAUCAAGGCCGGGAAUACGACCACAAGCGGCAUCCAAGCCGGCGGCUCAGCCCUACCUGCCAAGUUAUCUACGCAGCAUACUAAGAACCUGAUGUCUUCUACGGGAGAGUGCCGAACGCAGAAGGUCCAAAAUGGUGAUAGCUGCGCCGCAAUUGCCACGAGGUGUGGUAUCUCCGGUGCUGACUUCACCAAGUACAAUUCUGAGAAGAGCUUCUGCUCAAAGUUGAAGCCUGGUCAGCACGUUUGCUGCUCUUCUGGUGCGCUUCCUGACUUCAGUCCAAAGCCCAAAGAGGACGGAUCAUGUGCUACAACCACAGUUGGCGAUGGCGAAAGCUGUUCUACGAUUGCUGCAGCCAAUAGUCUUACGGAGAAAGAUAUCGAUGGAUUUAACCAAAAGACUUGGGGAUGGGGUGGAUGCAAGAACAUCUUCAAGGAUUCUGUCAUCUGUAUCAGCAAGGGAUCUCCACCCAUGCCCGCUGAGGUUUCUGAUGCCGAGUGUGGUCCCCAGGUUCCUGGUACAAAGCUUCCGAAGGAUAUGAGCAAGCUUGCCGAUCUCAACCCAUGCCCACUGAAUGCUUGCUGCAACACCUUUGGCCAUUGCGGUACCACAGCAGAAUUCUGUACUGAUACUAACACAGGCGCCCCUGGCACGGCUAAGGCUGGCACUAACGGCUGCAUCUCGCACUGUGGUAUGGACAUCGUGAAAGGAAAUGCCCCCACCAAGUUCCGCAGCGUCGGAUACUAUGAAAGUUAUCAAUUCAAGCGUCAGUGCUUGUAUCAGGAUGUGAUGCAAGUUGAUCAUUCAAAGUAUACUCACUUGCAUUUCGGUUUUGUCGAUAUCUCCUCCGACUAUGAAAUCAGCAUCAACGACAAAUCGGCCAACUAUCAGUUUCAUAACUUCAAGUAUAUCUCUGGUCCUAAGAGAAUCGUCAGCUUCGGCGGCUGGGACUUCUCUACGCAAGCGUCCACAUACCAGAUUUUCCGUCAAGGAACCAGCGCGGCUAAUCGCAAGAAGCUUGCAACCAACAUCGCCAAUUUUGUGAAGGAAAACAACCUUGACGGUGUCGAUAUUGACUGGGAAUACCCAAGUGCACCUGAUAUUCCUGGACUCCCCUCUGGCGAUAAGAGUGAAGGAAACAACUACCUCGAGUUCCUCGUUGUUUUGAAAAACCUUCUUGGAGAUAAGUCUGUUUCGAUUGCUGCUCCUGGCUCAUAUUGGUACCUCAAGGGUUUCCCCAUCGCGAAGAUCAGUAAGGUUAUUGACUACAUCGUCUUUAUGACAUACGAUUUGCAUGGGCAAUGGGAUGCAGGAAAUCCUAAUGCCCAACCGGGUUGCGAUGAUGGAAGCUGUCUGCGAAGCCAUGUCAACAUGACGGAGACUAAGGAAUCCCUUUCCCUAAUCACCAAGGCUGGCGUGGACUCGGGCAAGGUGGUUGUCGGCGUCAGCAGCUAUGGACGAUCUUUCAGAAUGGUUGAUGCGGACUGCGAUGGACCGAUGUGCAAGUUCACUGGAACUCGACUGCAUUCCAAUGCUGAAAAGGCAGAUUGCACUGAUACCGCAGGUUAUAUAUCAAAUGCUGAAAUCAAUCAACUCCUCGACCACAACUCAUCCCGCGUUAAUAAACAUUAUGUUGACACCCACAGCAAUAGCAACAUCAUGGUCUACGAUAACACGAAUUGGGUGGCCUACAUGAGCCCCGAAAUCAGGGCCGAGCGCACCAAGAUGUACCAAUCCCUCGGCAUGGGCGGCACGGUCAACUGGGCCACCGACUUGGAAAAAUUUAACGAUGCCCCUGAGGGCGUUGAGAAUUGGCCUGGUAUGAUACUUCAAAUGAAAUCUGGUACCAUCACGCCCCGAGGUGCUGGUAGUCGCAGUGGCAACUGGACUAAAAUCGGAUGUGACAACGAGUACUCGAGGGAGACGCCCUAUUGGUCCCCUAUGACCCGCUGGAGACAACUUGACGCUGCUGGUGCUUGGAGUGACUUGAUUGCAGAUUGGAAGAACUACAGAGAUAAGGAUCACACAGGCGACAAAUUGUCUUUCUCAGCCCAGAUUUCGUACCUUCUUGGUGGACCUGACAACGUGAAAUGCGGACAAAUUGACGGGGACAGCAACUGCCCGCUGAUUAGCUGCAAGUUGUUCAAUAUUGGGAAUGGCACUAAGUCGGGUGCUGCGGCUGAGCUCAUCUGGGACUCUUUUUUCAAGAUCCAUCAGAUGUAUGCCAAGUUCAAGAGCGCACUUGUCACUGACGCCGCACUUGUCAUUGACAACACCCUCCCUCAUUUGGAGAACACAUUUGCACCUGUUCCUCCUCCAGAGGAUAAUGCGUGGUUGGACAUGGUACUAGAUUUUGUCUCCAUGGGUGUGCCAAUGGUUGGCGGGAAAUUCAUAGAUGAUUUCCUCAAGAUGAUACCCGCUAUGACGACCAAGAGCGACAUCUCUCUAGAUCACUACAAGGAGGUCUUGAGCGCCAUUCUCGAUAGUCCUGCCACGAUUGCAACUAAUCUGAAAGGCACCUCAGAUCCAAAUGACUGGACACCCGAGAAACAAGCUGAAUUUUCCAAGUACAUGGGUCAAAGUCUUCAGGGUUGGAAUUAUAUUUUCACAAAGGACCUCGAAAACUUGUUUGACGGCACCGACAAGUCUAUUGAAAGACUUACGAUCAUGAUUUCGGAUGGACGUAUGAUCGACGGUAUUCCGAAAGACAUCCCCUAUCCUGAUAAGACAAAGCGCAAGGAUAAGGAUGACGAUGAUAAUAAAAAGACCGAGGCAACAGAUUCAGAGAAGAAGUCAGUGGAAGAUGGUUUCCUGACUGCCUUUUGGGCAUAUUCCAUUCCCGCCGUUUGGCAAGCAUCGGGUCAUCAUCCUUUCAUCAUCGACACAGGUAGAAGCUGCGAUGACAAGGAUGGCGACAAAUAUACCAAGGACUUGAAAUCCGCAUGUUAUGAAAAUAGACUGUACCAAUUGGCCGAUCCUGAUGGCAGAUCGCACCCCUGUGACUAUGACUGUGGAAUUACAGGAGGCUGCAAAUGCGACGACAGUGCAUUCUCUUCGCUCAAGGGCGUGGAAGAGCUCGAUGGUAAGGCUUGGAGCGGACUCAAGGUCGAGGAUAUUAUUAUCGGCUCUGUCAGAACCUACAAGCAGAACGGCAACGAGAACGGUGGAGGCACGGCGGAUCCCACAGACUCUGGUACAUUUGAAGCCCUCAAGCAGAUGGAUAUCACCACCCCUGGAUUCAUGCGUCUCCCCGUUUGCAGUGAGACUCUGGCCCGCACAUCAUGGGAAAACGCCGAUAAGACAGAAGCCACAAGAAAUAAGGAUGGCUUCCCGUGCAACAACGACAAUGGCAGGUCGUACUGCACCACAUCGGAAUCAACCUAUAUCGAAGAGACUACAAGUGGAUCGCCACUUAUCGACGAUUGCCUUGUCAUUGUUAAGAACAUCGAAGGAACAACUGGAUCAUGGAACAAGCUGAUCGAGAUUCAGUACGGAAUCGCCCAUUUUGGAACUUGUACCUUCGGCAUUGAGGGCAAGGGUCGUCAUGGAAAUUCCAACGUCUAUAUCGGGGCCCAAGACAUCGUUGAUAUUAUACGAUACACUUCAAAGCACUGGGGCCACGGAACCGACAAGAUGCAGGGUAAAGGAGUCAUGCAGUGCAAUGGUAACAUCAAGCAGCAGGAGCUGCACUGGGCUAUAUAUAAGAAAUAG